CAUUGACAGAUCGUUUCAUUGUUUUAUUUCCCUCUUGAUUCAUUUUCAACACAUUUUCAAAUGAUCAAGAACACUGACUCCAGUUAUUAGACAAACAAAGUUACCAAGGUACGUAAGUAUCACUGAACACUUGUGAACCCGUCCAGACAGUUUUAACUCUCGUUACAAGCAGGACGUACAUUGAGACUUUUAUUGCUGUUGAAUCACAUCAAAAUGGCUCAAGCAAGACUGCUGGUUUCUGUCGUCGUUCUUCUCGGCACAUUGAUAAUCCAGACACUCGCCGAAGAGGCACAUGAAGAGGAUGGUUCCUGCUCCAAACAGUUCUACAACAACCAGAACAUCACGGUGGUGGCCGCGCCCGGGCCUGUCGGGCCUAAAGGGGACAUGGGACCCAGAGGCCAUGGUGGAACGCCAGGUGAGAAGGGUGUGAGAGGUGCGCCAGGUAAGCUGGGUCCCGUCGGACCGGCAGGUGAGAAGGGAGAUAAGGGUGAAAAGGGACUGGCAGGUGAGAAGGGAGCACCUGGUACCACCCCAGCUGUCGUGGCGUUUUCCGUGGUGCGAACCAAUAGCCUUACAAAUCCUUUGGUGAACACAGUGCUGACGUAUGACGUCAUCCUUAGCAACGUGGGCGGGGCCUACAACCAGGAGACGGGGAAGUUUGUGGCUGCAGUCGGAGGCGUCUACUUCUUCACCUUUACUGGUAUGACACAGAAUCUACCUAACACCAACUACUUCGUCUAA